AUGGAAAAACACCAGGCCAGGAUUGUGGAAAGGGCUCAGGUCGAUGUCAAGAGUCGAAAGCGUGCAAAGAUGCAAACCCGAGAAAGACACGGCGGUGAUGAAGGUGAUGAGGAUCAAGAUCAAGACUCUGUCCAAACUCAGAGUUCAGAUAAACAUCGGUGUCAAGGUCAGGAUGGAAAUCAAAGUGAUGGGGAUGAUCACAGUUCAGAAGAGGAGCAAAAUGAAGGUGCAGAUCAAGAAUUUAGAGAGGAUCAAAAGCAAAAAUCAGGUCAGGGCUGCGCUGAAGGUUCGUGUAAGAAUAAAACUAAAGGUUCAAGUCUGAACGGAAAUGAAGGUUUAGAUAGGGAACAAAAUGAAUCUCCAGUGAAAGGGAGAAAUCAUCCAGACAAGAAUGAGAAUCGUGAAAACCACUGCAAGAAAAACACAGCAGGGUCUUUGGAUGCCAGGUCCUGUCUGGAAGGGGUGAACAAUGCUUUGAACAGUGGAAACCACAAGGACACUAUCGAAGCCUUGGAGAGUUUUGAGCAGGCCCUGGAGGAGACUGAUGUGAAUGAGACGACAUCCAUGUCUUUGGGCAACUUGGUGGUUUACCUGCACAAACCCAAAGGUCCCUUUAAAGGACUGAAGAUUUAUGCCAAUGAACAUGAGGCAACAUCAGACAAAUCUGUCAACAACAGCAGAGUGAACGUUUGGCUGCCAACAGAGAUUAAUGUUGGAGCAAACAACACAAUCGUGUUCAGCAUGCUUACCUGGGCACGAACAAAUGAGAGCUCAGAUAUCAUUUAUGAGAACAGACUGGUCGGCCUGAGUGUUCGUGGGAAGAAUAUUUCAGGACUACGGGAGAGGGUCGAAAUCACAAUGAAGCUUACCACAGCCAUCAGCGAAACCCAAGAGCCUAGAUGUGUGUUCUUGGACUUUUCAACAAAGAAUUACAGCAGCCACGGCUGUGACACCCUGUUGAGGCCAGAUCAGAGUGCAAUCACCUGCUCCUGUGACCACCUCACAUACUUCGGUGUGCUGCUGGUAUCUGCUGACCUCUCACCAGAACACCUGGAGAUCCUGUCCUACAUCACUCUGAUUGGCUGCAGUCUGUCUCUACUCGUCCUCACCAUCGCUGUUCUGCUCUUCAUCGCUAACAGAAAACUCAGAGCAGACGUCUCCAUGAAGGUCCACAUCAACCUCGUAAUCGCUCUGAUCCUCCUCAACGCACACUUCCUCCCCAGCCAGGCGGUGGCAGCACUGUCCUCCUAUGGGCUUUGUCUGUACAUCGCCCUGGCUCUUCACUUCUCCCUGCUGUCAACGUUCAGCUGGAUGGCCCUGGAGGGCUUUCACCUCUACCUCCUGUUGGUCCGAGUCUUCAACAUCUACGUGAGGCGGUAUCUGCUCAAACUCAGCGUGUUUGGAUGGGGAGUCCCUACAGUCAUUGUGGUGCUGGUGGUCAUCAUAGACAGAGACUCGUAUGGUGUUUUUCCUCUGGACUCAUCAAACCCGAACAGCACUGAAAUAUGCUACAUCGUCAACGACACGGUGAAGAUGGUGACCACAGUGGGAGUGUUCAGCCUGGUGUUCCUCUUUAACCUGAUCAUGUUAGGAGUGACCAUCAGACAAGUCGUGAGUCUCUACAAGAGAAAACAGUCUGGACAUGCUGACAGAGCAAAGAGAGACAUUUGUACUCUGCUGGGAAUCACCGCUCUGCUCGGCAUCCCCUGGGGUCUGAUCUUCUUCUCUUUUGGGUACCUGACUGUUCCUGGACUCUACGCCUUCUGCAUCCUGAACUCACUGCAAGGUGUCUUCAUCUUCCUGUGGUUCGCCAUGUCUCUGAGAAAGAUUGGAAAAUCUGAUGUUCUGAUGAUCAGUAAAACUCAAAGCAGUCACGGCUAAUCCAGACUGAAACACCAGGAUUUAAGUGUUUGUACAUGUAUGUGUGUGAUGAUGGCAUUUUUCAGAAAAGAGAACUUUAAAAGAUUUUUUUUAAUAAUAACUGUUUUUGUAUUAUGGGACUGGGCAUUAUUGCUUUAGUCGCUCUUAAAAAUGUUUGAACUUGUGUUUUACCUCUCCACAAACUGUGAUUAAAUCAUCAUGUCAGAGAGAGCAGUGUAACAGGAAGUCCCUGCUGAAACUCCUAGUUUGUGUAUUAUUUUAAGUUUUUACCAGGCUCUUCAUCAUUAUAUGCCAAACUGGUACCAAAUGAAGAGCCAUUUCAGGCCCACAAUACCUAUCAAACACUCUGUCCACACUCUAAAGCAACCACCCUCCACUUGCAGCUACUGUACUAUAUCAGCUCUUAAUGACUGCUGUCUUGAUGCUAUAGUGCUCUCUAAUCCAACCACUGGCUGCAGUAGCAUUGAUAGCAUCUGGUAGGAACUACACAGUUUAGCACAUUUUUGAUCUAAAAAAAAAAUGCUAAAGUUGUCCAGAGGCUGUGCCAGGUUAUACUCACAUAUACCUACAGUACUAAGUGACGGUAUUCAGCUCAGGUAUGUGGACGUUAUCCUGCUAAAGAGAUUG